AUGUCUAACGAGCAAAUCGGACCCUGGAGGACUGCUGCCAAUGGCCACCUGACGAAAGACGCCAAUGGCGAUGCGAAAACAGAUCCUCUGAGGUGGCGAUUGCUCGAUGACCGCGGUCGCCAAACCUGGCAUUAUCUCGAGUCUGACGAGGAAUUAGCGAAGUGGCCACAAUCGGUAGCUGACAAGUAUUUUCUUGGUCUCCCUACGGAACUCCCGGAAUUGCCAGCUGCCAAGUCUCCCCUACAAGGCGCAGCGAAUGGCCUGGAGUUCUUCUCUAAACUGCAGCUCCCGCCAGGAAACUGGGGAUGUGAAUAUGGCGGGCCCAUGUUUCUUCUUCCGGGGAUUAUCAUCACAUACUACGUGACUAAUACCCCGAUCCCGCCAGAGUAUGCCACCGAGAUUAUUCGGUACCUCUUCGCGCGUCAGAACCCAGACGAUGGCGGCUGGGGCCUUCAUAUCGAAGGCCAUAGCUCUGUCUUCGGUACGACGUUGAACUAUGUGACCUUGCGCCUAGUUGGGGCUGGUGAAGACGAUCCACGCAUGAUCAAGGCCCGGGGUCUUUUGCACAAAUUCGGUGGUGCCAUCUACGGCCCUCACUGGGCCAAAUUCUGGCUCAGUGUUCUGGGUGUGAUGGAAUGGGACUGCGUGAACCCCGUUCCCCCAGAGCUUUGGCUUCUCCCGGACUGGGUGCCAUUUGCUCCAUGGCGCUGGUGGAUUCAUAUCCGCCAAGUCUAUCUACCGAUGUCUUAUCUAUGGUCGAAGAAGUUCACCCAUCCUUUGACCCCUCUCACCAGACAGCUUCGACAGGAGCUGUACGUACAGCCAUACGACUCGAUUAAUUUUGCUGCGCACCGGAACUCCAUACACGAAGCGGAUAACUACUACCCCAAGACAUGGCUGCUUAACUCUCUUAACAGUGUGUUGGUCAAUGUUUGGAAUCCCUACCUUCGACUCCCUUCCAUCGUCAAGCGAGCGGAAGAGUGGGCGUGGGAGUUGAUCCGCAUGGAAGACGAGAACACGGAUUACUCGGGGCUGGCGCCCGUAAGCAAUCCAAUGAACAUGGUGGCUUGCUAUCUUCAUGAUGGUCCAGAUAGCUAUUCAGUCCGUCGUCAUCGGGAGAGACUCCAUGACUACAUGUGGAUGAAAGACGAAGGCAUGCUCGUAAAUGGAACAAACGGCGUCCAGGUUUGGGAUACGGCAUUCAUCACACAAUCCAUUGUUGUGGCAGGGUUUGCAGACGAUCCGAAAUGGCGUCCCAUGCUCACCAAGGCUCUGGAGUUUCUAGAAGAUCAUCAGCUGCGAGAAAACGUCCCUGACCAAGAAAAAUGCUAUCGUCAGCACCGAAAGGGAGCCUGGCCUUUCAGCAACAAGGACCAGGGAUAUACCGUCAGCGACUGCACAGCAGAGGGUUUGCGAUCAACCAUUCAACUUCAAGAAAUAUACAAGUUUCCUAAACUGAUCUCGGAUGAGCGUCUGAAGGAUAGUGUGGACUGUCUGUUACUCAUGCAGAAUCCGUCUGGUGGAUACAGCGAGUAUGAAAUCACUCGCGGUUCAAAGAUGCUUGAAUGGCUGAACGCUGCCGAAGUCUUUGGCGGUAUCAUGAUCAGUUACGAUCACCCCGAAUGCACAACUGCCUCAAUCACUGCGCUUUCGCUUUUUAGUAAAUUCUACCCCGAUUAUCGCGCCGAUGAGAUCAAGGUUGCCAAGGAGAAAGCUGUGCAGUUCAUGAAGCGGAUUCAACGUCCCGAUGGAAGCUGGUAUGGCUCGUGGGGGAUCUGCUUCACCUAUGCUGCCAUGUUCACCCUGGAGAGUCUCGCCAGCGUCGGCGAGACAUACGAAACAAGCGAUAACUCCCGUCGGGGCUGCGACUUCCUCCUAUCAAAGCAGAUGGAGGACGGCGGUUGGGGAGAGUCGUACCUCAGCAGCGAAACCCACAUCUACACCCACCAUGAAAAGUCACAGGUGGUCCACACGGCCUGGGCAUGCCUGGCACUCAUGGAGGCUGGAUACCCCCACAAAGAGCCUCUUCGCAAAGGUAUGAAGCUGUUGAUGUCGCGCCAGCAGCCGAAUGGCGAGUGGCUUCAGGAGGCUAUCGAGGGAGUCUUCAACCAGUCUUGUUCGAUUCUACUACCCCUCACCAUGAACUCCGCAUCGCAGGGUGAGAAGGCCCUGGCCAACUCCGACAUUCCUAGCGCCAUCCGAUUCUUCACUCAGGCUCUCAUCGAGCUUCCUCGUGCCCCAUCCUACUAUAUCAAGAGAGCGACUGCGCAUUCCCGUCUCAAGUCCGCCGACGGCGGACCCGAUUCCCCCGCUGCGCUUCGGGAUGCCGAAAUCGCACUGGCUCUCGCCCGGGAACGCGGCAAACGAGAACUUAUUCUAUCGGCGCAGAUGAGGCGUGGUGUGGCACUUUUCCAGCUCGAACGAUACGGAGAUGCGGCAUUCGUGUUCAAGACCAUCCAGGAUAAAACGGGCGGGGAUCAGGAACCCCAGGAUCGAUCUGCAAGUGUGCAGAGUGCCAUGGCAAACGCAGGUGCGGGUGGACGCACCCCGAAAAACGGCUAUGAACAAGAACUCCCAAUUUGGAUUCUCAAGACGAAGGGGAAGCUGAGCAAGCUUGAAGAAGGGGACGAGAAGGCUACCGUCACGGUGGCGGAGUAUCCCAGUGAUAUCCGGAUUCCUACAGAGAAGGAUCUGAAGAAGGAGUUGGAGGCUUUGGACUCGGGGAAAAAGGGCGUCGAAGAGAGUGCAAACAGCGGGACGCAAGGCUCCACUGGUAGUCGGGAGAAGAGGGACGACGGUGCUACUGAUGACUACAAAGCCCCCGUGCCUUCAGCAUCACCAGCCGCAAAAAUGUCGAGUGCUCCCGCUCAAAGCAAUGUGCGGCAUGAAUUCUACCAAUCUCAUGAUUCGGUUGUCGUGACUCUAUACGCGAAGGGGGUGCCAAAGGAAAGCGUGGAUGUCGAUCUGAAAGAUGAUUCAAUUUCUCUGCAAUUCCCUCUCUCAACCGGUGCAGAAUAUGCUUUCAACCUUGACCCCUUGUUCGCACCGAUAGAUACCUCUGCCUCCAAGGUUACUGUGAUGUCCACGAAGAUUGAAAUUUCUCUGCGCAAAAAGACCCCGGGCCAGAAAUGGUCUGCUUUGGAAGCUUCUGCCACGGCUCCGAAACUCUCUAGUCUGCAAUCAGCGCAGGAUGCUGCACCAUCGGCCAAGGCGCCUGCUGCUGCUGCUGCUGCGCCUGUUUACCCUACGUCGUCUCGUCAUGGGGCCAAGGAUUGGGAUAAGCUUGCAUCAACGCUGACGGGGAAGAAGAAGUCAUCCAAAACGAAGAACAAAAAUGCUACCAAACCCCGCGGCAGCGACGAAGCCGGGAACGAGUCCGACGGGGCAGACUCUGUCGACUCGGACGCUGGCGGUGCCGACCCCGUGGACUCGUUCUUCAAGAAGUUAUACGCGAAUGCCGAUCCGGACACUCGCCGGGCGAUGAUCAAGAGCUUCACCGAGAGUCAGGGGACUGCGUUGAGCACCAACUGGUCGGAGGUAGAGAAGGGGAAGGUUGAUGUCCGGCCCCCCAGCGAGUAG